CCGGCCGCACGGAUGCGAUAAUCCGAUCGUCGCCGAUCUAACGUUUUUCCGGCAUUUUUCCUCCCGCGCGAUCGUAUACCCCCGCCUUUCUCUCUUUCGCGAGAAAUACUCGUGGUUUUUUCUUUAUCUUGAUUUCGUCCUUUCCGCGAUUUCCGAUUUUCUUCCGUGCGUUUUGCCACGUAUCCCCGAAAAUUGUCCGAUCGUCCGGGGACUCCUCGCGAGACGUCGGAGUCGUACGAACUCCGGACUCUUAACCCUCCACCUGAGAUCUUCAUCGAGAUGGACCGAGACGACGAGGAUUUUGGCGAGGGCUACAUCGCGGAGUCGCAUCCGCUGCGGCCGACGCAUCUCACGGUGCCGCUCAACGGACGAUCCGACUCGCGGGCGCCCAGUAUCAGCAGCAGCGUCAGCGACCUCGACGUACCGAUAUACACCAGGGAGACGACCAUACCGCUCUCAGCGAGGAAGGGUCUCAACGGCCGAUUAGCUUUCGCUAUAGCAGCUGCCGCACUCGGUUCGUCGUUCCAGCAUGGAUACAACACCGGUGUGGUUAACGCGCCUCAGCAGCUUAUCGAGGACUGGAUCAGCGAGCUGAAAAUGAAUCGCACGAACGUGCCGACGAGCCAGUCGGAGGUGACGCUCAUCUGGUCGGUGGCGGUGUCGAUAUUCUGCGUCGGCGGGAUGAUCGGCGGCUCUCUGGUAGGUUGGGUGGCGGACCGUUUCGGCCGAAAGGGCGGUUUGCUGCUGAACAACAUCCUGGUAUUGGCGACCGUGAUCUUCGAGGGCAGCGCCAAAGCGGCGAAGAGCUACGAGAUGAUAAUCAUAGGCAGAUUUCUGAUCGGUAUCAACUCCGGACUGAACGCCGGUCUUGCGCCGAUGUAUCUCGCUGAGAUCUCGCCUGUGCAUCUGCGAGGCGCCGUAGGCACAGUGUACCAGCUGGUCAUCACUAUUUCGAUCCUGGUGUCGCAGAUCCUCGGUUUAGAGCAGAUACUAGGCACGAAUGAGCAAUGGCCGUUGCUGCUGUGUUUGACGAUCGUACCGGCCAUCUUCCAGGUGGUCACCUUGCCGCUCUGCCCCGAGAGUCCCAAGUACCUGCUGCUCAGUCGCGGCAAGGACAUGGACGCGCAAAGAGCGCUUUCCUGGGUACGCGGCACGAUCGAGGUUCACGAUGAGAUGGAAGAGAUGCGAACGGAGUACGAGUCGAUGAAGCUCAUUCCGAAGGUCACCGUACGCGAGUUGUUCGUUAAUCCCGCGCUCCGCAUCCCCCUGUUUAUUUCCAUCAUGAUCAUGUUUGCCCAACAAUUGUCGGGUAUCAACGCCGUAAUGUUCUUCUCGACCAAGAUCUUCACGAUGGCACAGCUAGACAAGACCGCCGCUCAGAACGCCACAAUGGGAGUCGGCGCGAUGAAUGUUCUCAUGACCAUCAUCUCGCUAAUCUUGGUGGAAAAAGCGGGCAGAAAGACGUUGCUCUUGGUUGGAUUUGGUGGCAUGUUUCUGGACACUGCCUUGCUCGCGAUCUGUCUCAUAUUUGCUGAAACAUCGCGAGCUGCCGCGUACUUCUCAAUUGUGCUCGUCAUCAUGUUCGUCGUUCUGUUCGCAACCGGACCGGGAAGUAUUCCGUGGUUCCUGGUGUCCGAGCUGUUUAAUCAGUCCGCCCGACCGCCCGCCACGUCAAUCGCCAUUGCCGUGAACUGGACCGCGAACUUCAUUGUCAGCAUCGGUUUCCUGCCGCUGCAGGAAGCGAUGGGCGCUUACGUGUUUAUCAUCUUCGCCGCGCUGCAACUGUUCUUCACCCUCUUCAUUUACAAGAAAGUGCCGGAGACGAAGAACAAGACGAUGGAAGAGAUCAGCAGCAUGUUCAGACAAAUAUCGUAUCAGUGAGGGAAAGACGGUGCCGGGGUAAAAUUUGGGUAGAGAUCUGGUUUCCGCGGGAAACGAGAUUUGUGUCGGCACACAAAAUGAAUGAACGAUGAGUGCGUUCUUUUUUUUUUCCCUCUGCGCGAGAAACUCGGGCGGAGAGCUGACACCAACACACUUCACGGUCUAUCAUCAAAACGCGCUUCCAACAUUCUGUCUACGACGCGCCUUGCGCGGGAAGUUCGCCGGCACGGAAACACAUCAAUCGCAUCUGGUGCGCGUGUCCCCGCAAUAGAGUGCCAACCGGUAUAAUUCGAAAAUUCUGAUUUUUUUACUGUUUCAACUGUAUUUAAUUCAUUUUAGCGAUUGUAUAGCGUCUUCAUUUUUUUUUGUUUGUUUUUUUUAACGUAGCGACUCUCCGUUCCAAGAAUCGAUAAUCGAGUGGUAAUCGCGGAUGAUUUCGCGCAAGCGCGGUUUAAAUUCUAAGAUUAAUUAAGAUUAGUUCCUAUACACAUACUGUGUGUGAAAUUCAGAGCGAGAAAAGGUUAUCGCGCGAGAGAGCAGAAAACGGAGAUCAAAAAAUCAGCGCGAAGCAAACACGCGAGAGAAAACACGACUCUUUCACGAAGUCUUUUUGGUCGACGAUUCGUUUUUUUUUUUUUUAUCAGAAAUCGCGCAACUUGCGUACAUACGUUUGCAUACGGAGUAAGCAAUACAACUCUAGUCAUGAAAAGACCUGCAGAUCGAGUAACGCGUUGAAUGAGAAUCUAAUCACACGCUGGGUGGGAAACUCUCUGCUUUUCUCCUUGAAUGUCCGAUUUGUUUCGCACCAACAAAAGAUUCGUGUGGCUUCGCUGGGCGAACCUUUUCCCACGCGGUAAUCGCGCUGAUAAGUUGAAUGCCAUAUUUUUUUAAACAAACCAAUGACGAAAACAAUUAUACCGAAAUUCUUUUUAUAAGAGAGAACGAUUUUUAAAGAAAUACGAACGUGAGAAGUUUGCGUUCCUACGUACUCGCGAGUAGAGUAAUUUGAAAAAAAAAAAACUGAAGAAAGAAUUGAUAGAGAGAAAAUAGCCAGUCGCUUUUUUAUGAAAUAAUUUAUAGCAUAGAAAUUUGGAGAAUUUUAUCACGUGGAAUCAGGAGCGCAGAUUUUAUUCGAGAACAAAAAAAGAAAAAAAAAAAAAGAGCAAGAACGGCGUUAGGAUAAUUGUAAAUACAGAAGUGUAAAGACUAGUGAAUUGUCCUUAUAGCAUAGGUGAUAAUUAUAUUUAUGUAUACACACACACACAAACACACAUAUAGAGAAUUGAUUGUAAUGUGAUUUGAAAAAAAAAAAAAAAAAACAAAAACAAACAAACAGAUAUAUCAAUGUUAUCAUAUUUUUAAAAUAUUUAGAUUACUUUUAAAAGGAUAAUAGAACACAUACGUAACUUAUACAACAAUAAACAUGUUAUAACGCAACUCAGGAAUUUACGUUGAUCAUUUAUCUCGUAAAUUGUCCGGACAGACAUUGGGUACGAUGGGAUUUGCUUAUGCGCGCCCGCGUCCCAUGAAGAAAAUACUCAUACUAUAAUAACCGUUUUAUAUAGUAUUACGAUGGAAUUCUUGUCACAACAGGACAUAUAUAUACGUGUAUAUCCGAAUUUACCUGAUUUACGUGCGUUAAAAUAAAUUAAUCUUCGAUUUUUUUUUAUUACUUAAUGCGAACACAUUCAUGAAAUCGAAUCCAAAUCGAAGAUUAUAUUGUUGUUAUUGUGUUAUUGUUAGAGAGAGAAAGAGAGAGGAUAAUCAUGUGAAGAUCAUUUUGAGAAGUAUACGAAAUUCGAAUAAUUUUCUCCCGCGGUAAUGUAAAUAUACAAUCCAACAAAGUUAUACACAAAUCUCGCUCACGUACAUACACAUCCCUCAACUCAGUUAAUUGCUAACUAUAAGUUUUUGCAACGCAGUUAUAUAUAUAUAUAUAUUAUUAUUAGCAUUUAGUUUUAGACACGAUUCUUUUAUAAAUAAAACCAGUUUAGUUCUCAUAGCGCCCGAUCUCUGUAUCAAAAAAGGAGAAACUCUGCAACGCAAGUUUGUACAACGUUCUAAUCGAUACAUAUACAUGUGUUAUAGUUAAUCAAAAUUUUAUUACCUGCCUAUACAAAACAAAAUGCGGCUCAUUUGGCGUUACAAAAAAAAAAAAUGUUAUUUGCGAUGCGUUACGGUUUAUAUAUGAUACUAAUAAUAAUGUCGAUAAUAUCUAAAUAAAAAGAUUGAAACAUA